AUGGACUGCCCAGAUUUAUCUCAGAACCGCGGCAUGCUCAUGCGAAAGUCUUAUGUGGAGAAGAGGGGUGUUCUUCAGCAGUCAAACUUCCCUGCACAUGUAGACCGUGUAAACCCGGCGCAACACGAAGACAGUGGCGGGAAGGAGCCACCAGAGAAAUCUUCACCGAAACACGGCCCAGUGCCAGUAGACCAGCAGAAUGGUCAAGCCCGCCUUAAAAUAUCCGCCGGGACCCCAAGGAACACUUCAUUUUUGAAACGGUCAUGCAAUAACUGCGGAACGAUCCGCACUCCGCUUUGGCGCCGAUCGCCGGCAGGAGCCAUGGUUUGCAAUGCUUGCGGACUCUAUCUGAAAGCCCGCAAUGUUGUUCGUCCUACGAGAAGGAAGCCAACGCAGCAAGAGCGCGCUGAAAAUGCUGCUCCUGCUUACAAUCCUUCCGCAUCUGCAGCACACGGACCGGAAACGCCAUCAGAUAGGGCCUACUGUGGCACCAGAGUUUCCUGCCCUGGGAGUGAAAAUUGCAACGGGACUGGUGGCGCAGAAGGCUGCGAAGGCUGCCCGGUAUAUUAUAAUCGAAUCUACAAAUCUAUGCAUCGGGGUAUGCCUGCUAUCUGCCGAGGCCAGACAUCAGGGCCUUGUACUGGCCCGCCUUCAACAACAAUAGGGGCGAACGCCGCUCCUCAUAAUAAUUCACUACUACUUGCAUGCCAUAAUUGCGGAACAAGUGUAACGCCCUUGUGGCGGCGAGAUGAACAUGGCCAUUCUAUUUGCAAUGCGUGUGGACUGUAUUUCAAGGUCCACGGCUACUUUCGUCCGAUCGUUAUGAAAAAGUCGACUGUCAGGCGGCGUCAACGGCAAGCUCCAAAAUCGCCGCCUAAUCCUUCAGCUGUUCAUUCUUCAAAUGGAUAUUCCUCGCAUCCGGAAGCAUUUCCAUCUGCUUUAGACUGUCCUUAUGAUGAGACAAAUGGCUACAUAAGCUGCGAGUCCGUCGAUGGCGCAGACUCGUUGCCUAUUCCUCCUACAUCAGUUGAUUAUGCAGGCCACGCUCUCCCAAAAGUAUUAGAACCUGAGCCACUGGGACGUUCUCCAACUCAACAGACCGGACGUCUGUUUCCUGCGAUCCGGAAUCCUGGGCCACAACAGUUCCAAUCUAUAUCCUCAGCUCCGGAGGAAGGCCUGAUUGCUCUCCCGUGGAUACUGGAUCCCACUCGAGCUCAUCGUUGCGAUGACCUUAGAGAGGAUUAUUCGGGCCUAAAUCAAACACGAUCUUUCCAAAUCUCGAGGCCAGGGCUAUCGCUCGAAACGCAGGUUAUGCCCAGUAUGUCUUUCCUAGCUGAUUCGGCAGGCGAGCGGUGGGCCAGGCUGAAGCGUGAAGCAGAUCAAAUGCGUGAAAUGCUUCAAGCCAAAGAGCGAGAGCUGGCUGCAAUAAAUAGAUAA